UUGUUUAAUCCUCAUCUUCUUAUACAUAUCAAAUGGGAAUCCUUUAUUUAUGCACCAGAACCAUAAUCCACACCUCUCUAUUCUUUGUUCUAUGUUUCCUUGGUGUGAUUGGCCAAGCUCCUCAAAGCCCAUCCCCACUUGCAUCACCACCUCCACUAGAAACACAGGCUUUGACUUUCUUAGACCAAAGACUUGCUACAGUAUACCCAAUAAUCCAAAACUUCAAGAGCAUUGUCACCUCAGAUCCCCUUAAUGUUACUCAAUCAUGGGUUGGCCCAGAUAUAUGCAACUACACAGGGUUCUACUGUGAUCACCCACCUGAUAAUGACUCUGCCACUGCCCUAGCUGCCAUUGAUUUCAAUGGGUUCCAUCUCUCUGCUUCUACUCUUGAUGGGUUCAUUGAUCAGCUCCCAGACCUUGCUUUUUUCCAUGCGAAUUCUAACAACUUCACCGGCACCAUAUCACCAAAAAUUGCUAACCUCCCAUAUUUUUACGAACUGGACCUAAGCAACAACAACUUCUUUGGCAAUUUUCCUAUGGCGAUCCUUGGCAUCAGAGACCUAUAUUUUUUAGACAUCCGAUUCAAUUCCUUUACUGGGUCAGUGCCUCCUCAGAUUUUUACACAGAGACUUGACGUACUCUUCCUUAAUAACAACAACUUCAUGCAGAAACUCCCUGAUGCCCUGGGCUCAACCCCAGUGCUUUACCUCACUUUAGCCAACAACAAGUUCACAGGGCCAAUCCCACGAAGCAUCUUCAACGUUUCUUCAACAUUAACAGAGAUUUUGCUCUUGAACAACCAAUUGACAGGCUGCAUCCCAUAUGAACUUGGAUUAUUGAGACAAUUAGUCCUUUUUGAUGCAAGUAACAACCUAUUAACGGGUCCUUUACCCUGCUCUUUAGGAUGCUUAACCAAGAUUGAGCUGCUAAACCUUGCAGGAAAUUUGUUGUAUGGGCAGGUGCCUGAGGUUCUGUGUGCAUUAGAGAACUUGUCAAAUUUAUCACUUUCGGGAAAUUAUUUCAGUAAGCUAGGGCCAUUGUGUAGGAAACUAGUGAAGAGUGGGGUUCUCGAUAUCAGGAAAAAUUGUAUUCAUGAUCUUCCUGAGCAGAGGUCGUUUCACGAAUGUUUUGCUUUCUUCAUGCACCCUAGAUACUGUCCAUACUGGCCUUCUUUCUUCAAUUUCAAUCCUUGCAAGGUUCAUCCACCGAUUCAUCCUCCCAUGGGUCCAAAGAGAAAUUUGAUUAGCUAUAAAUCUCUUUCAAGACACAGAAUGUGAAGAUGAUACUAUCUAUUGGGUUCUUAUGAUGAAUUUUCAGGUGGAAGUUAAGAUUGCUAA